AUGACUCCGUCUUUAAUUAGGGAGCGAGCCGUCCCGGUCACAGAGCCCUGGUCCCUGAAGCGGCGUGGAUCUGAUUAUUUUUGGUACGGAGGAGGGGCAAGGGGGGUAUCGAUUGACGAGAAGGGAGGCAACGAGCGACGAAUUCUGCAACUAUCGCCGACAGAAAUUUGCUCCGGAUGCGGAAAACCAAAAGUAGGGGUGGUUCAGACUCAUGCAGCAGCAGCAAAGAGGUUUCUGUUGCUGAAGACAAGAAAGUGCAGCAGCAGAAGAAGAGUUGAGAGCCAACCGGGGGUCCCAAAAGGCGAGCCAUAA